AUGAUAGAAAGGGAAAGGGAGACAGUAUUAUAUUUCCAGUUAUGGAUGGCAAAUGCAAUGACUGAGAGAAUGGAGAUGACAGCGAAUGUGAUGAAGAGAGCACUGGAGAAGUAUCGGAGUAUUUUGUGUAUGGCGCCCUCUGGUUUGGUGCUCUCUUUCCAACUGGCACGGAACAGGAGAACCAUUGGGAAUGCAAUUGACAUGAACACUGCAAGAUCUCUGGGUAUUGUACCCCCUCCCAUAAUAGAGCUGGUUCUCGGUGUGUUGCUCUGCUGUGUGUGUGGUGUUCAUGCGGGUAAAGGAGAAGUGUGA